UGCAUGGUUAUAAAGCAGACGAUAUCCUCUGCCUUCAUCUUCUCAAUAUUUUACUCGUGCUCACUUAUCGUCUGUUUAGUGUGUUUUGGAGUUGUCUUUCGUAAUACGCCUGGAUUAGAGGAGAUUUUUUUCUGUGACAAGCUAAUAUCAAUAUGCUUUGUAGAGCUUGAUCGUCAAAUCGAUUGCAGUAGAGUUUGGAGAAGGAUUGUCGCUGUGUGAUGAAGAUUUUCUGGAUCUUAACUGGAAGCUACUAAUCAGGUUUGUGGAAUAAUGGCGGGAAAUUAACAGAUGAAACCUCGAUGUGACAAGAUGGACUUGGUAUUAUAGUUUCCGAAGACGACACGAUAACCCAUCAAUCAAAACCUUUCAACACAAUCUCAUAUCUUGCUGAUUAAAUCAAACUGCUAGUCACGAUGGAGAAUGCUACAAACAUGACAAACGAAACAAUGGAAGGCAACCAUACCAUCACUGACCAAGUCAUGCAUAAACCUGUACUGAUGGGUAUAUUUGUACUGCUGUAUUGUGUUAUAUUUUUGUUAGGUGUUAGUGGAAACACUCUUGUGGUGUAUGUUGUUGUUCGGAACAAGACAAUGCAAACAAUUACUAAUAUUUUCAUAACAAAUUUGGCUGUAUCAGAUAUUUUGAUGUGUUUGCUAGCAGUACCGUUUACUCCGCUUGGAUAUUUCCUACAGUCCUGGGUAUUUGGAGAGGCACUUUGUCAUAUAGUACCAAUGUCACUAGGUAUAUGUGUGUAUGUAUCAACGCUUACAUCUACCGCCAUUGCUGUUGACCGUUAUUUUGUUAUUGUAUAUCCUUUUAAACCACGAAUGAAGGUUUUUGUAUGUUUGCUGAUGAUCGUUGCAAUCUGGGUCAUAUCUAUUUCUAUAUCCCUCCCACUUGGUAUUUAUAUGGAACUAACUCCGCAAGCGGACGAAUCAUUUAUGUGCCGGGAGAAAUGGCCACGUGUUCAAGCAGGGCAGUUUUUCACUGUCACUAGUCUUAUCCUUCAGUACAUUGUGCCUUGCAGUAUAAUUACUUAUUGUUACACGAAGGUGUCUCUAGCUUUGAAAAAACGUUCCCGGUCAAAAAUUGGAAGUGGAUCGAAAUCUAGAGAGCGAGACGAAAUGGAAAUUAAGAGAAAACGACGUACAAACAAAAUGUUAAUCGCUAUGGUAACUAUAUUUGUUUGCUGUUGGCUACCAUUGAACAUAGUACUUUUAACAGCUGAAUAUAUUCCAUCUUUCUCAAAGUGGUACUACUACACUCUGUUAUUCUUUAGUGCUCACGUGAUAGCAAUGAGCUCUACAAUUUACAAUCCAUUUUUAUACGCUUGGAUGAAUGACAAUUUUAAGAAAGAGUUUAAGCAAGUGUUGCCCUUUCUGUUUAAAAGAGACCGCGAGAGGCCAGUGAACGGAAGCUAUACUCAGUAUACACAUGUUGACAAUCAACCCUCUGUUGUCAUUAACAAAUCUCCUCAAAAAGACCCUGAUGACAAUAAACUAGAUGGCAAGGUUACAAAAGCAUAUUACGACACUGAAUCAGAAAAAGUUCAACUAAAUGUUAAUCAUGAAGGUGACACAGAGGACUCUGUAUGACAGUUUAAAGUGUGUUCUCGUAAAAUCUCGCCACACGGAGUGACACCACACGCGAUUAACAGUCUGACAAUAGUGCCUGGCAAAUCGGAGUGAGUUUGGAAUCUAGAUACUUAAAACUACUGAUAAAUUGAAUUAGAAUGAUGUUUGAAUUUGUAGAACAUAAAAUAUGUUCUAAUGUUUCAAAGGGUAUAUUUAACUCUUUGUAGGAGAUCGCAAACAAAAUGAACAAGCUCAUUCAGUUAGUUGUAUGUAUCAUAUUGUAAAAAUGUUUCGCUUUGUGACUAUCAGUGUGAUUAUGUUUCAUUCAUUAUCUGUACAUAAUUGUUGUUUUAUUUGUGAAAUAAAAUCGAACUCUUAGUUCUA